AUGGAGGACUGGAGUCAUUCCCCGGAUUCCUGGGGAGUCUGCAUUGCGUUGGUUCCCAACAUCCGCACUCUGAUGAUGAUCGGUCUCACGCUUACCAGUGUCCUGGGCAUGGUGCUUAUGUAUGCUCCGGGCCCAUCGAACCAGGCUGGCCGCAUGGCUGGCUUCUGUCUCAGCCUCGCCUUUUCCGCCAACAUGCCCCUUGCCCUGUCUUUGAUCACCGGUAAUGUCGGCGGAUACACCAAGAAAGCAGUUGUCAAUGCGUGCGUGCUGGUCAUGUACUGCGUGGGCAACAUUACUGGCCCGCAGUUCUUCAGUGUCGAUGAAGCGCCCAACUAUCCGCGAGGCGUCAAAGCAAGUCUGGUGGGAUUGUGCUUGGGGGCGUUCUGGAUCGUCUGUCUGCGUGCCUAUCUGAUGUGGCAGAAUGCCCGGCGUGAACGAACACAGCCAGAGAUGGAGCAGAGUAGUCAAUUCCAGAUGAUGCUCGAAGACAAGACAGACUGGGAGAUUCCGCGUUGCCCCUAUGUGUUGUAG